AUGUCUCUUCAUCUGCACUCCUCGACGCGUCGUCCCGAACCCCUGAAAGACACCGAUUACGACCAUGAGAUCAGUUUAGUGGAUCAUACGAAGAACCAGAACGUUUCCGUCGAGAAUGGGAGGUCAUCCAGGAGCAGGUCUGCUGGCCGAGCGACGCAAAUAUCGGAUGUUGCUUCGGAUUCUUCCUCGAGAAGACUCAGCGAUGUGCCGCUGAAGAAACGCCAUACGAAAGACAAAUUAAGAAAGGAGAUGUCGAAGAGGAAAUAUAAGAAGUACCAGGAUAAAAGCAAUAAGGAUACAGACGCAGGGGCCGAAGAGGAUUCUGCUGAAGAAGACGAAGAAGAUGGGACCAAGCCAUCAAGAGAGACAAGUCCUGAAAGAGCUGGCGCAGAGAUCACGAACGAGGAGACGCCUGAAAGGGGUCGAAGGAAACAGAAGCACAAACACAAGCCUUCUGAAACCGCAAUUGAUAUUUUAUACGAAAACCAGCGUGGUCUAUUUCUCUGCGGAAUGGCGUUGUUCUCUGCGAAAGCGCUCGGGAAUCUCGACCCUGCACCAUGGACGAAUGUUGCUCAUAAAACAAGCGCCACGAAUAUCACAAAUGCACAAGUUCCAGAUCCCUCUUGGGAAUGGGUUUCCAAGGAAUGGACGGUCAAUCAUGAAAACGACGUGGAUGAAGAUGGAUGGGAAUAUUCUUUCGCAUUCUCAAAGAAGUUCUCAUGGCAUGGUCGAUCGUGGUAUAAUUCUUAUGUGCGAAGACGAGCCUGGAUAAGGAAACGGGCGAAAAAACAUGUGGGAUAUGAAGCUCAACCCCUAGCACAUCGACUGAACUCCGACUACUUCACAAUACAUCCUGCGGUUGAACGAGGUGAUAGUAGGAGUCGAGCGUCAACAAUGACAGAUGCCGCACGAUUCAGCGUUGACAUGCUAGCUAAACGAGAUAUGGAAGAGAUGGUGGCCGAGGACAUAUGCGACAUCACUGCACUUAUGGUCGCUCUUAAACUAGCAGCGAUUGACAGAGAGAAGCUGGAAGCGGUGGAGAAUUUUAUCGAGCACGGCGGGGACGAACUAUUCUAUUUGAGGGAUCGUAUGCACGAUAUUAUGAGAAUGUUCAUCUUCCAAGCGUCCAGGAAGAUUCUUGUCAGCCAUUUACAUAAGACCUACAACGAACUCGUAAAGCAGUCGGAAGAGGUUGAAGCGGAAGACGACGAUGACAACAAAGGUUCAGAAACAAAACGGCGUGUCGAAAAUCUCAGGAUCGCACUUGAGCACGCUGAUGAAGAGGUCAAGAAGCUAGAAUAUUGGUCGGAUGUCAAGGAAAUGGCCGAGAACGGCGAAACGAUACAUGGUGUAGACCAGAUCGGAGGCUGGGACGCAAAGGAAUGGGAGGGUAUCGAUAUCUCCCGGCCGAAAGAUGUGAUUUCCAGACCCCACGAAGCUGGAAAUAUCAAGAAACGCCAGGAAAACGGAAUGAACGUAGAAAGGGCGUCGUCGAAAACAAGAGACGGAACGAACAAUGAGAAUGGUGGCAGUACGGCCAAAGGAAAGGGAAAAGAUAAGGCAAAGGAGUAA